AUGGCAACCGCCGCCGCGGAGGAGGAAAUGGCCUCGGAUGUUCCUUCCUUGGGCGCUGCUUCGGGCACGGCGGGAGCAGCCGCGCAUCCCGCAGGAAGCCUCAGCCAGAGGAACAGCAAGCGGAGGACGGGGCUUGAGUUUGAUGAAGAUAGUGACGGGAACGGCAAAUUUCUCAGAUGUGAGGAUGACCAGCUCUCCACCGACAAAGAGCGGUUUGCGAGGUCUGAUGACGAGCAGAGCUCGGCGGAUAAGGAAAGAUUGGCCAGGGAGAACCACAGCGAGAUCGAGCGCCGGCGGCGGAACAAGAUGACCGCCUACAUCACGGAGCUCUCCGACAUGGUGCCCACCUGCAGCGCCCUGGCCCGCAAGCCGGACAAGCUCACCAUCCUGCGCAUGGCCGUCUCCCACAUGAAGUCGCUGCGGGGCACCGGGAACACCUCCACGGAUGGCAGCUACAAGCCCUCCUUCCUCACCGACCAGGAGCUGAAACACCUGAUCCUGGAGGCGGCCGAUGGCUUCCUCUUCAUCGUCUCCUGCGAGACGGGCCGGGUGGUCUACGUCUCCGACUCGGUGACGCCCGUCCUGAACCAGCCCCAGUCGGAGUGGUUCGGGAGCACCCUCUACGACCAGGUGCACCCCGACGACGUGGAGAAGCUGCGGGAACAGCUGUCCACCUCGGAGAACGCGCUGAGCGGCCGCAUCCUGGAUCUGAAGACGGGGACGGUCAAGAAGGAGGGUCAGCAGUCCAUGAGGAUGUGCAUGGGGUCCCGGAGGUCCUUCAUCUGUCGGAUGAGAUGUGGGAACGCAACAGUCGAUCCCGUCUCCAUGAACCGGCUCAGCUACAUGAGGAAUCGCUGCAGGAACGGGCUGGGUGCCAUCAAAGAGGGGGAGCCCCAUUUUGUGGUCGUCCACUGCACGGGCUACAUCAAAGCGUGGCCCCCAGCAGGAGUUUCCCUGCCCGACGAAGACCCGGAUGCCGGACAGGGCAGCAAAUUCUGCCUGGUGGCCAUCGGCAGGUUGCAGGUCACCAGCUCCCCCGGCUGCACCGACAUGAACACGGUAUGUCAGCCCACCGAGUUCAUCUCCCGGCACAACACGGACGGGCUGUUCACCUUCGUGGACCACCGGUGCAUGGCCACGGUGGGCUACAAGCCCCAGGAACUCCUGGGGAAGGACAUUGUUGAGUUCUGCCAUCCUGAAGACCAGCAGCUGUUGAGGGACAGCUUCCAGCAGGUGGUGAAGUUAAAGGGCCAGGUGCUCUCCGUCAUGUUCCGUUUCCGAUCCAAGAACCGCGAAUGGCUCUGGAUGCGGACUAGCUCCUUCACUUUCCAGAACCCCUACUCGGACGAGAUCGAGUACAUCAUCUGCACCAACACCAACGUGAAGAACGCCAGCCAGGACACCCGCCCGCCUGGCUCGAACACGAUGCAGCGGCCCCAGCUAGGCCCCAACGUCAGCCUGCCGUUGGAGAUGGGCCCGGGCCACCUGGCUGCCAGGCCGCAGCCAGCCCAGCCAGCAGAGCUCGAGGUGGUUCCCGGGAGAGAGAGCUUAGCCACGUACGAGCACCCGCAGGCUGCCCUUCAGGCCGUGAGCGCCUCUGGCCCCGAGCACAACAAGCCUCUGGAGAAGCCCGGGGUCCUCUUCGGCCAGGAGCGGGACCCCCGCUUAAGCGAGAUCUACGGCGGCAUCAGCCCAGACCAGACGAAGCCCAUUUCGGCCAACUCGGUGCCCACCAGCCAGCCCCUCUUCGCUCCGGGGAACAGCUUCGGGGCUUCCCGCCCCGCUGAGAGCUUCCGCAGCAGCACCCUGGCGCCCCCCGUGAACGUCCUGCAGCCUGGCCGGGCACACUCGACCGCAGCCGGACCCAUCCUGGCCCAUCUCUCCCGCCACGCCAGCCCCGGCCAGGUCUCUGGAAGCGGCUGGCCUUCGGGAUCGCGCCCGCCUUUCACGGCCCAACCAGCGGCUUCCCAGCCGGUGAAGACUCGCCCCCCCUCUUUUGCCAUGGGCAGCUUCCAGGCCACGCCGUCCUCCUUCGGCCCCAUGCCAAACCCCGGGUCCGCGGCCUCGCCAGCCGGGGCCCCCUACCCAAAUCUUGCCGGUCGGAACGCCCCUUUCGCUGCCGGGGAGAGCGGGCAGAAUCCGGCCCCGUUCCAGGCGCGGACGGCAGAAGGAGUCGGCGUUUGGCCCCAGUGGCAGAGCUCAGGCGAGCCCCACGUCCAGCAGCAGUCUACCCAGGCAGAGGUCUUCCCGGAUAUGCUGUCCAUGCUGGGGGAACAAGGAACCAACUACAGCGGCGAAGAAUUUCCCGAACUGAACAUGUUUCCGCCCUUUUCGGAGUAAGCGAGGGAGACCAUCCGCCAUGAUGGGACGUUAUUCUGUGUAGCAGCAUGGAGGGGGGUCUCUUCCUCACCCCCCCACCUCUUGCAAAGAGCCCCCAAGUCUUCCUGGG